GUGUUUUGCUAGAUUUUUGUUGUUUCCGUCCCGUCGUCGGAGUCGUUGCUGGUGGUUUCUCUCGGACGCACCGUCGUUUUGCGCAGAUAGGCUGUGGAAGUGGACUCUGGGUUUUGGAAUUUCGCAACUUUCGUUACGGGAAGUGUUGAUUGGGUUUGGUGUAAAUAUUGACGGGAUUGAGUGGCGCUUUACUGCGUAGUUUCGCUUGUUUGUAAUUCCUGUUAUGUAAAGUGGGAAACAGUCGGUUGAAAACGGUGAUGUAUUCCUCGUACGAGCUCUGGACCAGUUUGUGCAAGAAACUGGUUAGACAGUGGAAUGAGUACUGCUGCGUGAUAUGCAAACAGCCACGACCUUACCGGAUUCCGAGUAUCGGGUCGUCGCCAGCGGCGUCCACGGUGGCCGUUGGUAAUCGUCGUUUCAGCAGCAGGGACGAUGAGGCCCGCCGGGAACAGUUGAGUGUUUUGCGGGAGAUUGUCGCUGCCCGGGAGAUUGCUCACCACUGCCGGAGCAAUAACUACGUGUACAGUCAGUUGCAGGAUCUGGGCAACAAUUAUGGUGUCGACCUUGACAAGCUGUCCUUCGUCCAGAGGCUGUUCCUUGAAAAUCGUUACAUCUUUGAGGCAAUAGCGAAGCACAUCCGGGUGCCAGAUUUGCUGUUGGAGGUGCAGGUCUGCCCUACGAUGGAUCUGUUGACCACGACCUAUAAGACCAACACCGACGGGCAGGUGCUAAAACAUCUCGCAGAGUAUCUUCUGAGCACGGAGUACUACAACAGACCGAGAAUAUUCACCGACGCGUCAAAAUCGAGCGACGGCCGUUGCGGGAUUGGCGUGUUUGACGAGCAAAGCGGUACCCGAAUCAUGAUGCAACUCAAGCUGGGGACCAGCAUUUCCACUGCCGAAACGUUGGCUAUUCAGGUGGCCAUGCAGCAUAUCGACAAGCGAGGAAUUCAAAACGCCGUCCUUCUAACCGACAGCCAACCCGCUUGUUUGUUUCUCAAAAAGAGUCGCAACUCACGCAUGCGGAACUCGGUCGCGAACGAUAUCCUCGAGAAAGCCAAACGAAAUCGAACCACGAUCCAGUGGAUUCCCGGCCAUGUCCAGGUCGAUGGCAACGAAACUGCCGAUGGACUGGCGAGGCAGGCAUUGUCGGCGGAGUUUGUGAUGGAAAAUGAUAUUUUCGUGCACGACGCCAUCAGCUAUUUUGAGGAGCGCCAAGCUAGCAAAAUCAACAGUUGGUAUCAGGAUUAUGUGCGACAGAAGGGAAAAACGUUGAAACAGUUGAUCGAAAGUGACAGCGAAGAGGAGGAUCCGUACUGGUUUGCGGAGGAAAAUUACACGCAAUAAGUUUGCUUUGCGGACGAUUUUCUGUUUAUUGUGAUAUUAGUUUAAUAGUUGUUCGCGGAACUGUGUUAUUGUUGAACAAUUUGAAUGAAACAUUGUCUUACGAGAGAGUCCACUUAGUCCGGGGUAGAACUUGCGUUCUAGCAGUCGGCGAUUCGGCGUUGACUCGAGAGGACUCGAGUAAUCCCUGGGGUUUCCGAUUUAGUCGUCGGCGUGGGGUCACGCGAUAUCUGUGCGCCC